AUGGAGAGCUCCGAAAGCCCCGAAGAACUGUCUGGAGACCUCUACCCCUGGCUCAAUGACGAAGACCUCCAGCUGAUCGGCGACCUUGGUCUCCCAGACCCUUACCAUUGGGGAAACCUGCAAGUCUGGACGGAGAGGUUCCUCCAAAAGUACCACGCCCGGAUUUCGGAUUCUAGAACUGUCCGCCACAGGUUCAUUCGGACUCGAUGCAUUUCUUGCAGACGUCUCUGCGAGGGCGCGGAUCUCGGAACCAUCAUCGACCCUGCCGUGGCGCUUCCUUGUGGCCACAUCAUGGGCUGGUCUUGCUACGCAGACUUCUGUGACAACUACAGCAUGGGUGUAGGGCAUCUGGUAUGCCCAUGGAACGGGCCUGGGCCGGACGAUCCUGCGAACUGGUCUCCAGCAUGCGACGAGCGCAUCGUCUACGACUGCGAACACUCGUCCAUCUUCGCACGUAUUCCACCUCCGACCGAAGAGUUUUACAUCCCCCAGGGGUUCUUCACGCCUGCCGGUGGCUUCGUGACGACCAACUGCCGCCGCUGUACCAUCAAAGAACUCCUAGUUCAGUGGACUCGCGAAGUUCGACAGGAUGAGGCAUUUCCUGACGCAUUUGCUGCUAGCUGCGGGAUGCAUGGACUUCUAGAGGAAGAACAGCCAGGAGUCUUGCCGGUCAUUCAGCUGGGGCUUGAAGAAGAUGCGGCGGUGCGGUCGAAGUUGCUGGAGGGUCUGUUUGGUUCAACGCCAACACCACUUGAUGGGGAUGAGCUGGAAGAGACAAGCACGGAGGUGCGUUUCUUCAGGACGGAGAUGGAUCCGGAAAAUACUGGAUAA